CGAUUCACCCUUUUUCACACUCACCUUCCACUCUCUUGUCUCCAAUCUCCAAUCUCCUUCUCCUUCACACACACAGAUUCCAUUGAAGCAAUGAGACACUACUCUCUCCCUCUCUCUCUCAAAACCCACCACCCAUAACUGCACUCAGAGAGCCACAAUGCCCACCUUCUUCUUCUUCUUCUUCAGCCUCUCCACCAUCAUCUUCCUUCUCUUGGUCUCCUCAUCUCCCAUUCUCGGCCGUAGGACCCUCCUCCACCAGCCCUUCUUACCUCUUGACUCACUCCCUCCUUCCCAACCCCCCUCCUCCUCCUCUUCCUCUCCCUCUCCCCCCACAACUCCCACCACCACCACAACCACCACCACCACCCCGGCACCCAAAUUCCCAUUUUCCAGUUCCCCACCCAACCCGUCUCCCUUUUUCCCAUCCUACCCUUCACCCCCUCCCCCUCCCUCCCCAGCCUCCUUUGCCACCUUCCCUGCCAACAUCUCCUCUCUCAUUGUCCCCCAGCCGCACUCCACCAAACGCAGCUCCCCCAAAAUCGUCGCCGGCGCCGUUGGUGCCUCCUCCGCCGUCCUCCUCGGGAUCGCUAUCUUCCUCUACUUCCGGCGCCGGAGGAGCCAUGAGUUCGCCGACGACAAGACGUCGAGAUCUACCAACAGCAGCAGGUUGUUCCCAGCAAAUGUGGGUGCCAGCAAGACCUCCCCCACCGCCCGCGAUUCUGAGUUUCUGUAUCUGGGCACUUUGGUUAACUCGCGGGGUGUCGAUGACGUUCAACGUCCCGCCAAUAGGAGGAGAGUUGAUGACAUUAGCUUGAAUACUCGGAAGCUGGACUCCCCGGAGCUCCGCCCGCUUCCGCCACUGGCUCGGCACCUUUCGAGAGAGGGCUUGGAUGAAGCGGAAGAAGAGGAUGAGGAUGAGGAGUUUUACUCGCCCAGAGUGUCGUUGGGCGGCACUGAUUCGGAGUCGCGGAGAGCGUUUGUGGUGGUGGACGAGCAGAAGAGCUGCGAGUCCAGUUCGCGUUCGGAUUCGUCUGUGACUUCGGGCUCGCCUGCUCGGUCUCAAUCCAUAAGUCUCUCGCCCCCGGUCAGUUUGAGCCCCAGAAAACCCAAGUCUAUACCAGAUGUUGUUGUUGCUGCUGCGCUGUCUCCGUCUUCCGUAUCGUCGACGCCGGCGAGGAACCCAGAUGUGUCGUUGAGAGCGUGGAAUGAGAAUGUGGAGUCUUCGGAUGCUUGGUAUCAAAUGUCUCCUCCGCCUUUCAAUGUUUCGCAUCGAAAUCAUAGAGAGUCUCCUGCACCUUCUUCACCGCUAACUUCUUCAUCACCGUCUCGAGCUUCUUCUCCAGGGCGUGAUUUGGAAGACAACGCACCCAGAAGAUCCCAUGUUGAGCAGUCUCCACAGAGAACUGUCAGUGCUUCUUCAUCACCAUCACCAUCUCCUCCUUCUUCGCCGGAGCGUGAUUUAGAGGAAAUUGCACCCAGAAGAUCCAAUGUCGAGCAGUCUCCAAAGAGAACUAUCAGUGUUUCAUCACUUUCUUCUUCGUCGCCAUCUCUACCUUCUUCCCCAGAGCGUGAUUUGGAGGAAAACACACCAAGAAGAUCCAAUGUUGAGCACUCUCCAGAGAGAACUAUGAGUCGUACAUCACAGUUGGAGGAAAAUACUCCGAGAAGUUCCAAUGCUGAGCACUCUCCAGAGAGAACUAUGAGUCCUAUAUCACAGCCUCAUUCUAUUCCACCACUUUCAUCUCUACCUUAUUCAUCACUAUCACCAUCACCGUCUCCCCCUUUUUCGCCAGAGCGUCCAAGAAGAUCCAACGUUGAUCAGUCUCCAGAGAGAACUGUCAGUGCCUCAUCACAGGCUCGUUGUUUUCCACCUCCACCACCACCGCCACCACCUCCUCCUCCUCUGCUGUAUACGCAAAGACACUGGGAAGCUCCAAGUCCUUCAACACCCAUUGCUCAGCCGAUCACUAAGCCGCCAGCACUCAUACCGCCUUCGAGGCCUUUCGUACUGCAAAACCCAACAAAGGUUUCUCCAAUCGAGCUGCCACCCAGUUCCACAUCCACAGAGAAGAGUGAGGAGGAGACCCCCAAGCCCAAGUUAAAGCCGUUGCAUUGGGAUAAAGUAAGAGCCAGCUCUGAUCGCGAAAUGGUGUGGGAUCACCUCAGAUCUAGCUCUUUCAAAUUGAAUGAGGAAAUGAUUGAGACAUUGUUUGUGGUGAACACCCCAAACCCAAAAUCUAAAGAAACAACCCCACGCUCGGUGCUUCCCUCGCCAAAUCCAGAUAAUAGAGUGCUUGAUCCCAAAAAGUCACAGAAUAUCGCAAUUUCGCUGAGGGCGCUUAAUGUGACCUUAGAGGAAGUCUGUGAUGCUCUUUAUGAAGGUAAUGCAGAUACACUUGGUACUGAAGUACUUGAAAGUUUAUUGAAGAUGGCUCCAACCAAGGAAGAAGAACGUAAACUGAAGGAGUGCAGAGAUGAUUCGGCAAUCAAGCUGGGUCCAGCUGAGAAAUUUCUGAAGGCAGUGCUUGAUGUGCCUUUUGCAUUUAGAAGGGUGGAUGCAAUGCUUUACAUAGCUAAUUUUGAAUCUGAGGUUGAGUACCUCAAAAAAUCUUUUGAAACUCUAGAGGCAGCCUGUGAAGAACUGAGGAACAGUAGGAUGUUUUUGAAGCUUUUAGAUGCUGUGUUGAAGACUGGGAACCGCAUGAAUGUUGGAACAAACCGUGGUGAUGCCCAUGCCUUCAAGCUUGACACACUUCUCAAGCUUGUUGAUGUCAAGGGUAAAGAUGGAGAAACCACUCUGUUGCACUUUGUUGUACAAGAAAUUAUAAGAACGGAAGGGGCUCGACUCUCAGGCACCAACCAAACUCCAAACUCUACGUUGAGUGAAGAUGCCAAGUGUAGGAAGCUUGGCCUACAAGUUGUUUCGAGUCUUAGUUCAGAGCUCACCAAUGUGAAGAAAUCUGCUGCAAUGGACGCCGAUGUGCUUAGCAGCGAAGUGUCCAAGCUUUCUAGCGGGAUUGGGAACAUCGGUGAGGUUGUACGAUUAAUCGGGACUGCAGGAUUGAAUGAAAGUAGCCAGAAAUUUUCAGAGUCAAUGAACAGGUUCAUGAAAAUGGCUGAGGAGGAGAUUAUAAGAAUUCAAGCCCAAGAAAGUGUUGCCCUGUCUCUAGUGAAGGAGAUUACAGAAUACUUCCAUGGGAACUCAGCUAAGGAAGAAGCUCACCCUUUCAGAAUCUUCGUGGUAGUGAGGGACUUUCUUACCAUCCUUGAUCGAGUCUGCAAGGAAGUUGGUAUGAUAAAUGAGCGAACAAUGGUUAGUUCUGCCCAUAAAUUUCCAGUUCCAGUGAACCCAAUGCUGCCACAAGUUACACCUAGGCGGCCCUACAGUUCCUCUGAUGAUGAGAGUGCAUCUUCUUAGUGUUUUAGCUCCUGUUAGGGGGGUGGCUUUUCUACUGCAUCUAGCUAGAAAUUGUGGUGCUUACGAAAUGUCGGAGCUCAUAUGGCCUGGCCCGGCCGUGCUGUAAUUUUAUUUAUAUUUUUUCUUAUAUAAUCUGUAUAAAGCCAUGUAAAAGAUUUUGAGUUCAUCCUAUAGAUAAUAUACAAAGAAGAAUUUUUUCCAUGAAGAA